CUUCGUUUCUUUCUCAUCCAGACCUCGUCGUGGCAUCUGACUGCUGCUCCGCGGGCGUAUUCGACCGUGAGCGAUGCCGAGGCGGCUCCUCUUGCGGUGGUCACUAGUCAGCGCCACCGUUGUGGUCAUUUCGGAUCAAGGGAGCGUGGUGGUUGGUGAUGCGUUAGCGCGUUGUGGUCUGAGAAACGAAAGAUCGAAGCGUCAUCCAUCGGACCGAAGCGCAUCAGCUGAGGCAGUAUCGACAACAACGAGCACCGCCUUCAGAAAGGGAAGAAGCGCGAAGGGAGUACGUCGUUCAAGUAGUCGCUCUGUUCAUCUAGGAUUACUAUAUAGUCGGAAUUUGAUUACUGAGUAGAUUGGCCAUUCACGUGACUUGUAUCAUUUCGCACCAAUCAGAAUACGGGGAGGCAUUUACUGGUGAGAAAAAGGUG